AAACAUGCUGAUAAGGUAGAUGAUCAUGUCCCUCGGGAACGAAAAGCUCUUGCUGUGUCUUGCGCCGAUCCGUCUUUGGUCUCUGCGGCCUUCACCAGUGCUCUUCCAACUUCCAAGUUCCGAUAGCUGGGUUCGUAUCUUCAUUGGGCUGCGAUUUUCUCGAUACCGUCCAGGAUGAAUCUCAUCCAAUUUGCUUUUCUCUAUAUUGCUUGAUACAAGCAGCUCGGGAUGGAGGCCCCGCCCCUCGCCGCCCCGAUUUGUGCUUCACAGGGAGCCAUGGGAUCCCUUCUUGGGAAGAUGGAGGAGCUGCUUGUGGCUCCCGAUGGCAGCAGGCUACCCAAGGGGGUGAAGGAUCGGAUGCUCCUCCUGGGAGGCGACCUUGGAGUGGUCGCCGCGUACCUCGCCGAUCUGUCGGAGCUGGAGGACCCUCCCCCGACGGCCAAGCGCUGGAUGAGAGAGGUGCGCGAGCUGUCCUACGACAUCGAGGACUACAUCGACGAGUUCUGCGCAGCGCCGCGGCCUGGCCGCCGCGCGAACACCAUGGCCAGAUUCGUCUGCAGAAUCGGCCGUGUCAAGGUUGCUCGUCUUCCCAAGAGGCUCAAGAGGCACCAGCAGAUGGGGAAGAUGGUGUCGCAGUUCAGGAUUUAUGUUGAGGAGGCCAUUGAGCGGCAUGGGAGGUAUGGUCUGGAUUGCUGCGACCACAGGCGGAGAUAUGUGUCAUUUGGCCCUAUGUUGCCAUCUAGGCCGUAUGGGGAAGAAGAUGCCCAGCUAGUGAUUGAUGGCCGGGUGAGCGAGUUCAUCGAGCGGCUCGCCAAUGAUGAGGAUCAGAAGCUCAAGGUGGUGUCUGUUGUUGGAUCUUCAGGUAUUGGUAAGACCACACUUGCCAAACUGUUGUACAACAGAAUUGGGGGACAAUUUGACUGUCGAGCUUUCGUCCGGAUCUCCCGGAAGCCUGAUAUGAAGAGGGUUUUCCGCGAGAUGUUCUUUCAACUCCAGCGGAAGCAGCCACCUGACGAUUAUAAGGAGCUUGCGCUUAUUGACAGCAUCAGGGAGUAUCUUCAAGAUAGAAGGUAUUUAAUUAUUAUUGAUGACUUAUGGGCUGCCUCCGUAUGGGAUCUUAUCAAUCAAGCUUUUCCAGAGGUAAUUCUGAGCAGCAGGAUAGUAAUAAUUACACAGGUUGAAGAUCUUGCAUUAACAUGUUGCUGUUAUGACACCGAAUAUAUUUUUGAGAUGAAACCCAUGGAUGAUGAGCACUCAACAACGUUGUUUCUUCAGAGAUUUUUUGGUUUUGUAAGUGAUUGCCCUCAACAAUUCAAAGAAGUUUCAAACAAAAUUGUUCAAAUAUGUGGUGGUUUGCCUUUAGCAACAAUCAGCCUAGCUAGCCUUUUAGCAAGUCAGCCUGUCAUCUUAAUGGAUCUAUGUUUAUACAUACGUAAUUCUUUAAGCUCUGCUUUUAGGACAAAUUCUUCUAUAGAAGGAACGCGGCAAGUAUUAAACCUCAGCUACAAUAAUCUUCCUCAUUACUUGAAGACAUGCUUGCUAUAUCUUAAUAUGUAUCCAGAGGGUUAUAAAAUAUGCAAGGAUGAUGUUGUGGAAAAAUGGGUGGCUGAAGGUUUUAUUGAUCAAAUAGAGGGCCGAGACUUGGAGAAAGUUGCAGGGAGCUAUUUCGAUGAACUUAUUGACAGAAGAUUCCUCCAACCUAGCAGACUCAACUACAACAAUGAGGUGUCAACUUGUACAAUUCAUGAUGAGGUACGAGAUCUUAUUGCAUACAAGUCUGUAGAGGAGAACUUUGUUCUGGUAUUAGAUUUUUACCGGAAGGAUGUGGAACUUUCUGAUAAAGUUCGUCGACUUUCUGUCCACUUUGGUGACAUAAAGUAUGCAAAAAUACCAACAAACAUCAGAACAUCAGAAGUUCGAUCACUUACAUUUUUUGGAUUAUGUAAGUGUAUGCCUUCUCUUACAGAGUUUAAGCUUCUUCGUGUUCUAAACCUUCAAUUAUCUGGUCAUGUUGGUGAUGAACUCUUAGACCUCAGUGGGAUUUCUGAACUAUUUCAACUGAGAUAUUUGAAGAUUGCAUGCGAUAUUCGCACAGAACUACCAAGCCAAAUGCGAGGGCUAAAAUAUUUAGAAACGUUGCAGAUGGAUACAACACUCACUGCUGUUCCUUGGGAUAUUAUCUUUCUCCCGUGCUUGUUACACCUCCAUCUUCGUUUUGAUAUGAAUCUGAUUGAUUUGAUGGGCCACAUGACACCUCCCAGCGAACUAGGAUCAAGCAGUAGUAACUCAUCACCCAGUGGGGGCAUCAUUAGCAAUCUGAACAACGUACGGGAUAUUCAUCUCACCUUCUGUGCACUGCCUUCCAAACAUCUAGAGAGAAACAUGGAAAUUUUGGGCUCUUUGCUUGGAAGACUUGGUAAUCUGAAAAAUCUAACUCUAGUUUCUUCUUCCUCUCAAAAGAAAAUUGCGGCUUCAGGAGCCUCAGAAGUAACUAUUUUGUGGGAUAAUUUGGCACCUCCACCUCUUCUCCAGAGAUUUGAGUGGUUGCUGCACAGCUGCAUCUUUUACAGAGUUCCUAAGUGGAUUGGAGAACUUGGCAACCUAUGCAUUUUAAAGAUUGCAGUAAGGGAGCUUGUAAAGAACAGUGUUGAUAUUCUCAGGGGAUUGCCUGCCCUCAUGGCUCUAUCUUUGAAUGUGCACAGAGCAUCUGUAGAAAACAUUUUCUUUGAUAAGGUAGGAUUCUCAGUUCUCAAGUACUUCAAGUAUAAUUGUAGUGUACCUUGGCUGAAAUUUGAGGCAGGGGCAAUGCCUAAUCUCAGGAAGCUCAAGUUAGGUUUCAGUGCCCUUGGGGAUCUAUAUGGUACUGCACCUAUCAGGAUUGGACACUUGUUAGGCCUCAAAGAAAUCUCAGUAAAAAUUCAUGGUGCAAGUGUCGACGCAGAGUCUGCAUUGACAUCUGCUGUUAGCAAUCACCCAAGCAAUCCUAGAAUCAACGUACAGUUGGUGGAUAAGAUUUUUUAUGGUGAUAGAGUGACAAAAGAGAAAGAUCAUGGGUCUGAGGAAGAACAAAAUGCUAUCAUGAGCGCCAACUUCGAUGAAUAUCAUCAAACUCAAGAUAAAGAGUCAAGUGAUGCGAACAAACAAGUUGGAAGUAUUGUGCCUCUGCCACGGGAGCAAGAACAUGGGAUUUUAGAACAUGAUGAGUAUGCACCAAAAGACCCAGAUAAGUACAAACAAUCUGAUAUCAGGUCUGUAUCAUCAAUGUAUCCGUGGCAUCUGAAGUUUCUAGGUGCCUUAUCAAUCCAUGGAGGCACAAGACUUGCAACAGCACCAAGAAAGGCAGAAGAUGCAUACAUCUCAUAUGCCAUGAAGGGGAAUAUGCAAGACUCGGUGCACAUGCCUGAUUCUAGCUGCUACCUCUCAAUGCUUGUCCUACCCAUGGCGUUGGACAUGAAGUCACAUCUAUACGAGUCCUUCGAGGUCACCUUGGCUCGUGCCAACACAUGGCUCUAUGCCUCGCAGGCCUCUGGUGUCCCCAUCAAGUUGAUGAGUGUGCAGAGUGAUGAUCUUCUCACCAAGAUAUCGAGAGUUGGAGACGCCACAUCUGCAACUGUCAAUUCAGGGUUGUUGCCUGAUCUGUCAAAUGCAACCUUGGAGGAUUACCAAGGCUAUAACACUGAGGUGGUGAAGGCAGCCCGACUUUGGUACAGCUCCAUAGGAGGAGAAAUGCCACUGGAGAUCACUCCUAAAGUAGGUGACACAAAACUAGGAUUUGCAAUCAGCCGUACUGAGGAGGGUUUUAUCUACAUAUCUUCAGUGUUGCAAGAUGACAAUGACAGCGAGACACCGUCAACACGGUCAGGGAUGCACAAUCUGUUCAACCGGGCAAGAGAGGCAUCGAAAUUGCUGGUCAUCUCAAGGGUGUCCAAUGAGAAGGUCCUGCCCUGGAUGAUCUCUAGUUCAGGGGCAAUCCGCUGCUUUGACACUCUCUCGAUCAGCCAAAAGCUUUCCUUGAGCCGAUACCCAUUGUGCUCCUUCCAGCUGCAUCUACUCAUGUGGGAGAAGCCUAUUCAUCCUGCCGAGAGAAGCAUUCAUCGCCCAAAAAUGCCUUUUUUUUUUUGAAAGAAGAAAUGCCUUAUUCAUUGAUACUCGAUCCAGAACCUCAUCAAAUUAUACCUAGAGUAGAUGCUGAAGAGGGCAGAGUGGCGCACCUGAAACACAGGAUGUCAUCAUCACUUGUUACAACUUCUCCAGAAAUGAAAGAAACAUAAAACAAGAUGCUGCAGAAGUAGAUGUAUUUCAAAAUUUCAGUUUG